GACCCGGCAGACCCUGUUACGGCUUGAUGGUUUGUUCUUUGCUUUAUAUCAGUUGCAAACUUAUUGCCAUCGAGUAGAAGAGCGAGAGGUCUCUGCAUGGGUUUUGUACUGAGUGUAGUGAAAUUUCGUCUACAACAAAUCACUCAGAUGGCAGUUUUGGUUUUUUUUGAAACCACGCAUUUCUAGUAUAUAAGAAAGCCCACCGAUGCAGGACAAGUAUAGACACGUGGAUAAGACGAUGGAAAAGUGAAUAAAAUGCACGGCUAUUUCGGUCUCUCGUGGUUAGUCUGAAAAAACAAAUGAAAAGAAAAGAGUUUCAUUAGACCGUCAUUUACUCCGCAGGCCUAUGAACAUGACCACCAAGGUUAAUCUUCAACGCAUACAGAUGCUCAACAUUGAACAGGACGCUUCUAAUCAUGAAGAUGCGUCCGGUCCACAAGGUUCUGAACAAGACCCGGCGUUAGCGGUUCUAGGCCGAGAUGCUACACUCGCGGGUCGGGUGGUCGAUGCUCUGGCCGCGUUUAUGGGAAAAGGUGAGGCUGAUAAGUAUCCAGGAAAAACUCUUGUCACCAACGCUGUCUUGGCGAUGGAUCCGCGUGCACGGGUAAAAGACACAGAUGACGUCUACACGAU